CCCAGGUCAAGUUUGCAACUGCAGGUUUGAGCUGAGUUUGAGCAACGAUGGCCCAGCGUGAGUAUCUGAGAGCGCCUGAGCGGCGACAGAGGCAGGAGAGCGUCCUGCGGCAGGGAGAGUCCCGGGCCCGGCUGCGAGUGCCAAUUGAGGAAGAGAGGCGACAGGUGGCCCACCAGCUGCAGCUGCAACAGGGUGGCCGGCAGGGGCAGGCCGAGUUGCCUGCUCGCGUGCCAACACGGGAGACGGCAGACUAUGGGGCCAGGUACGUGCCCGACGAGACGGUGGACGCCGCCUCGUUCCUCGACGGACCGGCUGCAGGAGGGCUCCCCGUCUCCGUCAACCGCCGCACGGAGUAUCAGGGCACAAACCAACGCAAUGGCGCCGACCUGUUCUCCGAAUACACUCAAGUAGGCCAGAAGAGCGCCUCGAUCGUUCGGUCACUAUGAGUGUUUUCUCUCGCUCUUUGUGUGUAUCGGUCGGUCGUCAGGUGCGCGGCGGUGUGGCCGAUGGGCGUCUGACAGGACGAGGUGACGAAGUCAGAGGGGGCUAUGGAGACGGUCGCAUAACGGGCUACCCAUACCAGUACACGGCCAGCGACCGUUAUGAGGUGAGUGCCUCACUCUUUAGGCAGUCACCCAUACACAUCCAUUGCUCUCUCUGCUCCCUCUCACCUUUCAGCCCGCAGCCUACGACGCUUAUGAAUUCGCCUACCCAUAUUUGCGUCCGGAGGAGCCCCACCGUCCGAGGGGAUACCCCAACCAGAUGACCAUGGAGGCGCAGCAGUACGGCAGCGGCCGCCUCACGUCGACUGGACAGAACGACGCCUACGGCGGUGCCCCUCCCAGCAGUCGGCCACACCGGUAUGAUGGGCGGCUUCCCUUGUACUCGCAGCAUCAAACCAAGCACGGGCUCAGCAGGGACGGAGUGGGCGGCCAGCCGGACUACUCCUCGCGUCGAGCCUACCGCGCUCCAAGCAAUAUCAGCAAAGUCAGCAAGUCAUCGGUCGUGUCCCGAGGCACCCAGUGCAGCAUCGUGACCACACAGACGGCAGUCGGGCCCCGGAACAAGACGCGUGGUGCGUCGCGACACCACCACCACCAGCAGCAGGUGGAGGCGACGGCCAGUUCGAUGGGCCGCUGCGCGCCGCCACCGGACACACACAACACCCACAAUGGUCAGAACAACGGAUCAGGUGGCGGUUUGUUCGGCGGGAUGUUCUCGGGCUUGGGCUCCCUCCUGGGUGGGGGCCGGGCCUCUGGAGGUGAGGAGGGGUGUGGUGAGAUGAGACACACAUAGCCCUUCUCUGUCACUCAUUGGCACAUCGUCGACACGUCUGUUUGUCCGUCUGUCUGUCUGUCUGUCUGUGUCAGCGGUGCGUGAGGAGACGCGAGAGUCCCCACUGGAUCGCCGCUCCAAUCGCCGACACAUCGAUGACCGCUACGCCAAUGGUGCCCAGGUGAGUCUCACCAACACAGUCAGCCACAUACCUCGGUCGUGAUCAAGAGGGUCAUGCUGUGUCUGUCUGUCCUUCUGUCAGGGUAGGUCGUACGAGUCCCGCUACCACCGAGAACCCAAGACGGACAGGCAGCAGGAGGUUGAGGCCUACGCGAGGGAGCUGGACUAUUGGAAGGGCUUCUGGGAGAUGGAGCUGCAGGAGCGCUCGGAGAUCCAAGAGCGGCUCCGCCGACAGCUCGAGGAGCGGGCGGCGGAGCGGGAGAAGAAAAUGGAGCGCUUCCACCGACAACAGAAGGAGAAAAUGGAGCGUGAGUGGCGUGAAGUGGAGGCCAAGAAGGACGAAAUGCGCCGCAAAGAGCAGGAGCUCGAGGAGAAAGAGAAGGAGAUCGACCAACAGCUGCAGCAGCUGCAACACCAGAUGCAGCAGCUGCAGCACCAGCAGCAGCAGCGUCUCAACAGCGACAACGAGACGGCAGACAACCAGCAGCCUUCGAGCACCUCUGACACCGUCCCCCCAACCCCAACUGGAGCAGUGCAGGAGGCAUCCAGAGUGGCUGAAGCAGACGCCACUGGCGAGCGACAGCGGGCCCGCCAGAUGCUGCAGGAGCUCGAGAGCAAUCCUAACUUCAAGAACCUCACCGUGCCAUCCGCCAGUGGUGGGCGCCCACACGAGGUGUAGGCUGGCCCCAGUGCACGGCCGCUUGUUGCAACAGACAGUCUGAGAGUAAGAAUACGAGCCAAUGAAAUGAAUGGCUGGCUGGCCGUCUGAGUGACUUGCCCGUUGUGUUUGUUUGGACGGUUAUGGAUGCAUAGAGCGCUCGGACAAGUCUAUGCCUUGAAGCAUUGCAAACGGCACUCUCAGUGCAUGGCGCUUACCCCUCUCUCAGCACACACGCCCGGCACUGCAAUUCA